AUGAACAUCACCAAAAAGAUCGACCGCGCCUUCCAGCGCGUGGGGGAGAAGAUGGGCGGCGGGGCCCAGACCAGCAUGUCGGACGACUUCAAGAUGCUCGAGAUCGAGACCAAUCUGCGACACGAUGGUAUGGAGCGCCUUCAGAAGUCGACCAACGUAUACGUCAAGUCCAUCUCGCGCCGCUGCGAUGGGUCCGAGGACAAGGAAAAGGGGCUGCCGGUCAGCCUGCUCGGCCGCACCUUUGUCAGCCACGGCGAGGACUUUGGGCCCGACUCGGAGUUUGGCAACUGUCUCAUUGCGCUCGGGCGCGCCAACGACCGAAUGGGGAGCUUCCAGGAAAGCUUUGCCACGGAUGCGGCCACCCUCUGGCUCGACUCGAUUGAGCGGAAUCUGGCCAUGAUGAAAGACUAUCAAUAUUCCGCCUCCCAGACCGCCCGGAAGAAACUCGAGAACCGCCGCCUGACCUACGACUCGACCAUGAGCAAGAUGCAAAAGGCCCGACGAGACGACAUCCGUAUCGAGGAGGAGCUGCGCACCAACAAGGCCAAGUACGAGGAGAGCAGUGAGGACGUGAUGCAGCGGAUGCAAGACAUCCAGGAGACCGAGGCCGAGAGCCUGCAGGACCUGACCGGCUUCCUCGAGGCCGAGCUCGAAUACCACGAGCGGUGCGCCGAGGAGCUGCGCAAGGUCCGCCAGAACUGGGCCAUGAGCAUGGACGGGUAUACCAAGCCCCAGUACAACGGGUACGCCACGCCCGAGCGCAAGCUCACGACUAGGAGCCGCUCCAACACCGCCCGGUCGUGGACGAACCCCCUUUCCCGCACCAGCAGCAACACCAACGUGUACAACGACCCGGAGCCGGAGCCGGUGCGCAUCGCCAUCCGCUCCAGCUCGCGCCAGAGCAACUACGCGCCCGAGAUCCCGACGCGGCCGGCCAUGGGCAGAGCUAACACCUACGCCCCCGGCGCGCCCGCCGACCGGGCCCGCGCGAACUCGGGCGCCUCGACGCCCGUCUACAGCCAGAACGUGACGGCCCUGCGCGCGGGCCUGCGGCCGGUCAGCACUAACAUGCCCUCGGGGGCGGCGGCGGCGGGCACGCCGCGGAACCACCACGGCGGCGGUGGCGGAGACGUCUUUGCCGACGACGGCGGCGAGGACACGGCGAGCGGCAGCGGCAGUCCCGAGUGGGGCGAGCGCAGCGCGUCGCCGGCGACGAGCUAUGGCAGUCUGAGCCGGAGCAGCACCAAUAACCUCCUCCCCCCCAGCGGCGGCGGCGGCGGCGGCGGCGGCGUGCGCAAGCCUCCUCCGCCUCCGCCUCCGAGUCGGGCGAAGAAGCCUGCGCCCCCGGUGCCUGCGAGGAGGGAUCUGGGAUAUUGA